CGCCGCUGCAUCGCUGUGCGACUGCGGGAAGCGCCGCCCGCCCGCACCGGCGUCCCGCGGCCCCGAGCGGCUCGGGGGCAGCUUUACAGAGCCGGCCCCGGCGUAUAUAACAUGUCUGAUUACCUAUAGAGAGAGAUGUGUAUAAAAGGGUACUCAUGCUGACCUCAUAAUGAGAGACGAGCCAAUUCCCGCUCGCAAAGGGAAUGUUCUGUGUGCAGGCACGCCGUGCUCCUGCGCUUGCUGUGACAGAGCCCGGCGGGCUGCGAAGGUGCCCGACCUCCCCAAGAGAAGAGAGUGGCCCGGUGGUCCCCGGGCUCCGCGCCGAGCUGCUCACCUGCAAGAACAGACCAUGCCCAGGCCCUGCCGAGGCUCCCGCGGCAGCACGCUAGAUCCCAAGGAGGAAUGCUUUACAGAGAAAUCAGUGCUUGCCCAGCCAACAUUUGUUUUUGAGAAGAAGGAUCGUUCUUUGAAGCGGCCUGCAGAAGACCCAGUUUGCCAAGCUGAAAAUGAUUUCAUUAGUUGUUCCAGAAAACGUGCAAGAUCAUCAUCUUUGACUUUCCAGAAGUCUGACUCUCAGUCUAACACUGAUACAGCUCUCACACAGCAAAGAGGGAGAUCAUCUUCAUGUAACAUCCUUCCUACUUUCCCUCCCUCCCAGGCAGUAAAGAAGAAUAACAUAUUCAUGACCUCAGCUCUUCUUCAAAGAAAUCCUGACAUCAUCAAAAGUCCAAGAGAAGGAUCCUUGUCACCAAGUCAAUUGUGGAAUGUCAUUAGACCUGCCACUUUACAGCCCCCACAAGUCCUGACCUGUCCUGAAAUUCCUGUAGUAUCUCUAAUGACUAAGAAAGAAGCAUGUGUUCAGCUAUCUGAAGACAGCUCUUAUUCAUCCACUGAGAAUUCAGUAAAUUCCAAAACAGCAAUUGGGUCAUCUAUUACCAUGAGUCUUUCCAGCUCUCAAAAAACACAAAGUCAGUUGCUUAAAGAAAGAAGUGUACAAAACAGCAGCAAUUCAGAUUUUGUGUUUGGGGAAAACAUGGUUGAAAGAGUUUUGGUUGGAUCUGCACAUGUUGGAAGACCUUUUAUCAAGAGUCCUGAGAAGCAUCCCAAGCUGUGCAAUGAAGCUGAUUUACACAAAGGAGAAAUAACGUCCAUGUCCACAGGAUCUUCUCAUGUCAGGCCACAAACAAAAAGACCUUUGUUGAAGAAUGCAACACUAAUUGAAUCAGCAGCUGCUUGUGUUUCCAAGCCAGUGGAGAAAAUCCUGUUAGAUAAAGUUGAAGUUAUAACUGGAGAAGAAGCAGAACAAAAUGUAUUGCAGAUUAACUGCAAGCUUUUUGUGUUUAAUAAGCUUUCUUUAAGCUGGACUGAAAGAGGCAGAGGAUCCCUGAGGCUUAAUGACACUUCUAGCAAUAAGCAUGGAAUGUUACAGUCAAGGCUAAUUAUGCGAAAUCAAGGUAGCUUGAGAUUGAUUCUCAACACCCAACUCUGGGAACAAAUGGUUAUAAAAAGAGCAAACAGAAAGAGCCUGUGCUUCACUGCCACAGAUCAAGAGGACCAUUCUGUUCAAGUAUUUCUAACUCAGGCAAGCUCAAAAGACACUGAACACCUUUAUGCAGCAAUACAUCAUCGCCUUGUGGCCUUGCGAAGCUUUGCUGAGCAAAAGCCAGAUGCUCAUCAAGGAGACACAGAGUCAGAAACAGCUUUUCAGCCAUUAAACUGUGAUAGUGAUGAUGAAGAUGAUGAAGAACUAAGUCAAGUGAGCAGCACUGGAUCUGAUCAUUCGAGAUGGAACCGCAGGCAGUCUGUUGUCUGCUCAUGAUAUCUGCCAGAAGUUACAACAGCUCAGCUGGGAACUCAUCUUCCCAAAAUGUCUAAGCUGACUCAUCAGCCCCUGGAGGGAGGAAAUGAGAUGCAUAUUACUUUAUUACUUUUAAGUAGAGAUUAAUUUUAGAGACAGCUUAAGUUUAAUUCAUUGAGAAAGAACUUCAGAUGCACUGUUGAGGAUUCUAGGCAGCCUGCUUUGCACUGAGCUGUGAAUAACACCAUGGCUUCCAAUAGUCAAGAACUGUUACAAAGUCUUUCAAUUUUAGAAUUAAAUAUAUUUAGAUACAUUAUUAGAGUGAGGAAUUUUAUAGGGAAUAUGUACUUGUUCAUCAUAUUGAUGGAUAAUACCACAUAAGCAUGAACUAAUAAUAUAUGUGAACAGAUAUUUGUUACUUUUAAUCUAUUAUUUAAAAGAUACAUUUGGAAAGUUUUAAAUUUUGCUUCACUGAAAACAUUUAUUUAAAAUUGUGUAGUAACAUUCAGCAUCCUGUUUGUAAGUACAUGCAAGCAAAACCUAGGGUGGCAGUUUAGUAUGACCAAGGCCUAUAGAAACUAGCCCCUAUAGAAACACCCCCUAUACAAGGGGUUAUAUUUAAUGUUUAUUUUGAAAAUAUCUGGAGUGGUAUACUUGCUGCAGAAUUUUGUUUAAGGGAAAAGAACCAUGAUCUGCAUCUUUCAGCUGUAUGCACCAAAAGAAUUCACCAUGAAGAAGUAAAAGCCUGUUCUAAAGGCUAUAUCAGCUUUAAAAUUUAAAGUGUAUCUGCUUGCUCAUGAAUACCUUUCUAGCUGAACAAAACAAACACCUGCACUUGUGUACAUUAAUUGUCCAUUUGAUAUACACAAAUAAAUGCAUGCACAGUACAACAGGAUAUCUACAUUAAAUGUGUGAGAUUAUCUGAGAUUAUUUCUGCUUUAGCUGUUGCUAUUCCUAACAGUAUCAUUCAUAAGUAUGUUACACAUUCUCAUGUGCACAAUAAUUCCAACAGUGGCCAAGACACAGUUGCUCUGUAGAAGUCAUUCCAAAAAUUAAUGCCUUCUACAUAAACAUCUUUGUGAGAAAAAACCUCCAAUUCACCUGUGAAUCAAGACUUGCAGGGUCAUCCAUAAGCCCAUGGAAAAUAAGAUGCACUACUUAUGUUCCAUGUUUUCAUUCUGUCAAAAUCAGAAUUUGUCUGCAGUCUCUCCACUGCCACUUCCCUGAUGUCCUGCACAUUGUUUGUCAUCCUCAGAGCUGAAACAAUGUUCUGAAAUAUCUCAUGUCCUUUUUAUUAAGGUAAUUGUAAUGAUUUCUCAAUCUAAAAAGCUGCAAAGCUGCAACACACCUGAUAAGUCAAGUUACAAUUUAGUUUUCUCAUUUGAACAUGGUAUGAAGUUGGAACAAUACUAGUUUCUUCCUGAAUUCUCAGUGCACUGCCAAGAUUAGUAUCCAGAUGAAGCUGAAAUAGUUGUACAGAUUACACUGAAUGUAAUGGCCCACCAAAAUUAGCACUUGUCUGACAUUGAUUUAGCAUUUGGAUUGGACAGUAAAUUUAAGUGGAACUUGAUUUCUGCCUUCAGGAAAAAGGAACUGCUUCCCAGCAGAGCACCUGUGUCAAACAGUGAAGCAUGGGGAUUCUCUUUGAUUCCAGUCUGCCAAUAACAAAAAUAUUGUUUCCAUAAUGAGCUGUACAUUGUGUCCUUUGUUAUCAGCCUCACUCCUGACCACAACAAUAUUUACAUCACUGACCUUCAUAUUUCAUUGCUGCAACUCAUCCUCAGGGACAAAGCUCCAUGUUAUAAAAACUCAGGCAGUUGUAAAACACAGCAGCCCUAUGUAUUUAGCAACAGGUCAUGGUAAUAUGUUUGCCCUGGAGUUCAGCUGGCUAUGCGCUGAAUGCAGAGUUUGAUUUCAAAGUCUGUCCUGAUAAUCAAAGCUGUCUGUGGAACAGGAUUUAAGCACCUCAGUGACACAAUACCCCUCUAAAUUCUACUACAGCUGUAAAAUCCUUGGUAAAUGAGGGAGGUUUCCAGGGCAGGGACAACAGAACUUUUUCAGACACAGGACUUAAACUUUGUAAUUUGCUCCCAAAGCAUACAGAAGAAGGUUUAUAAAUAAAAGCUAUUUUGAUCUGCCUCUUCCCAAGAUCCUUAAUGUAUACACAAGUAUACAUAUAAACACAUACACUCAUGUGCACACACACAAACAUGAAGCUUCAUCUCCCAAAAGCUAAGGAGGAGAAGAGAUGUUUAUUUUAAAGACAUUGGAUACUUUGGUAAUAGAGGACAAAAUUUUUGCUCUUUAAAACCUAAUUAUGUGUUCUGUUUAGUUUCAUGGCACUAAAGUUCACUGUUCCUCAAGCCUGAAGGUACACCAUUAUGUAAUGUAUUAAAUUGCUUUUAAAAUGUAGUUUGUCAUUUUAUGACACCUGGAGAGCAAUUUCUGCACCUCAACAAUAAACAAUUUCCUUACGACUUAAAUUUCUUUGUAACUAGGAGUCUUAUUUUGCAUCCCAGUUAGAGCUUCCAUUAAUUAAGAGUACCAUGCUGCAGAAUCUCAAGCCUGCUUUCCUAAGGAAAGAAUAUGUAAGUGGUUGUGCAUGCCAUCCACCUAUCUGUCAGACCCACACUGAGUCCACUGUUCAGUUUCAAAGGAUUGCACAGGAGUUAGAAUGCUCUAAGACAAUUUAAAUUCUUCAUGAAGAUUAGCAGUUGCUGAAUGACAGAAAUCAGAGAAAAGCACCCUUUGAGGAAAAGUUUUCAGGGUAAGAUUGGUAUUUUCUGUGGUGCUGGUGGGCCUAAGUGGUGUUUUUCUGCUUCUGUACAAGCUGCAGCACUUUCUGGGAGGGAGGAGAAGCAGAGCAUGGAAGCAUGGGUCCUUGUGGCCUGAAGAGAGGUGACUCAGUAUGAAACCCGUAUGAGCCCAUGUGAAACUAGACAUGAUUUUUUUCCCAGAUAAAAAAUCUAUUUAUGAGAAACCCCAGUGACUAAUUGAUAUACAUAAGGGAUGUAGUGGUGGAAGAUCUUAUAUAUUCAUACAGUAGUAAUUUUCCCAAGGAGGGAAAACUAACAGUUCAUAAUAAUAUAUUCUACUAAGAUUAGGAAGUUCUAGCAGAAUCCACUUGGAUGGGACAAACUGAAUGUCCUACUUUACAUUCUGGAGGCAUUUGUAUCUCUUCAUAAAUCUUGUCCUGUCCCUCAGGUUUUUAUGUCAUGCUUUUUAGUGACCUCUGAAAUAGUUUUGGCAGAGUGUAUGAAGUUAAGAGUUAGAUAAUAUCUCUAUUGAAUAAAUAAAUACAGGAAAAACUUCUAGCACAUCUGCUUUCACUGCUAGUGACAGCCAGUAUGACAUGGACAGAGAGGGAAAGAGCAUCUUCAUUUCCCUUAGAUGGGUUUCAGAGGCCUUACCACGGGGCUAUGCUGGCAGGAAAACUUAGAAAAAGCAUGCACAGCCCAUUCUACAGCAGUUACCUGUCUAAAAAGUGGACUUCAAAUCAGAACAGUUUGUGUUUCUCAAACACUAAAAUUAUUCAUACAAAAUAAAGUGUCUACAGCUGUUUGAGCAUAUUCAAAUUGCUUCUGAAAUGUUGAAGUCAAUUGUAUUAGACCUCUUGAGGGAUGGUGUAGUUUGCUUUGCAUAAGUAAAGA